AUGACCAAACUCCUCGUCAUCAUCGGCAUAACAGGCAACCAAGGCGGCAGCGUCGCCGUACGCUUCCUGAAGGACCCCACCUACCGCAUCCGCGGCAUAACCCGCAACCCGUCCUCCCCGCGCGCCGUCGCCCUCGCCGCGCAGGGCGUCGAGCUCGUCCGCGCAGACCUGGACGACGACUCCGAUCCAUCAGCACUAACAACCGCGCUCGCCGGCGCCAACCUCGUCUUCAGCGUCACCGACUACUGGGAGCCGUUCUUCCGGCCGGACUGCCGCGCGAAAGCUGCGGAGCUGGGCAUCUCGUGCCGCGAGUACGCGGGCCGCGUCGAGGAGCGGCAGGGGCGGCGCGUGGCGGAUGCGGUGGCCGCGGCGGCGGUGGCGACGCUGGAUGAGAAUGGGUUUGUUGUGAGCACGUUGAGCUAUGCGGAGAGGUGCAGCGGGGGGAAGCUGAGGGAGUUGUAUCAUUUCGAUGCGAAGGCGAGGGUGUUUCCGGGGUAUGUGCGGGAGCGGUGGCCCGAGUUGGCAAGGAAGAUGAGUUGUGUGCAGACGGGGUUUUUUAUGUCGAGCUAUAAGCUCGUGCCACAGGCGUAUUUUGCGAAGGCAGCUGAUGGGGCGUUUGAGAUGAGGUUCCCGACGGCCCCGGAUAAGCCUGUGCCGCAGUUGGAUGUGAACGCAGACAUGGGAGCAUUCGUCUACGCAGUGUCGAAGCUGCCGCCCGGCAAGAGCUACAUGGCGGAAGGCACCACGUGUAGCUGGAGUGAGUACAUGCGAUUGUGGAGUGAAGUCACUGGGAAGCCAGCCCGGUAUCAACAAGUUACGCUCCAGCAAAUGAUUGAUGAAUCACCCGACAAGGAGUUUGGAAGGGAAGUUGGCGAUAUGUUUCUCUACUCUUCAGAGCCGGGUUACGAUGGUGGGGAUGAGAGUCUGCUGAAGGCGGAGGACAUAAGAAAGCUCGGUGUGGAAUACCCUAUGACAUCUCUGGAGGACUGGAUGAAGAAACAAGACUGGUCCGCUGUUCUGUCCGCAUGA